AUGGAAGGAUGGGGGAGUUUGCCGAGCGAGUUACUGCUAAUGAUAUUCUCACAUCUAGAGGCAAGAGAGCUUGCGCGCCUUGGUAAUGUGAACUACCACUGGAGACGGGUCAGCGAAGACGAUUCGCUAUGGAAACAUUUAUUUUACAGGGAUUUCACACGAAACACCGAAGCAGAAAAAAAGGGAUGGGUGGGCAGUUGUCCUAAUCCUUUUCGUAGUGGUGGUGAGCAGGGAGGAUUGACUGGAAGAGGAGCAAAUGUGGGACCAUCAAAAUCGUUCACUGAGAAAAAAUUGACUCGAAUUGCGCAGACGAGCUUAUUCAUAAGAAGCGAAAUUGAGCAGGUCCGUGCACGAUGGAUCGACGAAUACAAGUUGCUGAAGGUUGAGCCGCCGAUAAUUCUUACCGAGAGUUUGCGCGACUGUCCAGAUGGCUUAGCCCAUGUUGCAUUCUCCAACGAUGGGCAGCUGUUUUGCACUACUGCCUGCGACGCUUCCUUUAAGAUUUGGACGGCGACAAGCCCUGUAUACUUGUUGGACGAAAGGUAUAUGGACGAUGCGCUUGGAUGGGAGCGUACUCUGUCUUCGCAGUUUAGUGUGGACAAUAAAAGGCUGCUGGUUCUGGGUGUUAAGUUUGGUGGAAAUGGCGAAAUCGCCGUCUAUUCCAUUGAUGGUUGGUUGUUAUUGCAUCUUGCAUUUACGCUUCGAUGA